AUGGACUUACAUAAACGGUACGUGAAUUUUCCGGUAACAGAUUUGUCAAUAUUGGAAUUAUUAGACACUACAUUUAAGGAUGAGCCAUUCUCGUUACUACAUCGUUUAAUUCGACAUUACACCAUAGAAGUAAGUAAGAAUAAUUUGGAUAUAAAGAAACUGAAAACGCUUCGCACAAUAUUAUGCUACGAAUAUAAACUUUUAUUUAACUCUGAAAAGAAAUAUGCAAGAAGAGUGCCAGAAGAAUUAUGUUUCAAGAGAAUACAGAAUGUUAUAUGUAUGAAGAAAGAAUUUCAGGAUUCCACAGAUUCAUCAGUUUUAUAUGAUAUUACAGUUUUAUGUACAACACUUUUCUGUGAUUUGCCAUGCAUUGAACAACAUUUACUGAACUUCCAAAAAUCAAAUGCUAAUCUUUUGACGGGUAGUGAGAAUGGAGUAUUUUAUAUGAAAGUAAUAGAAUGCUUUUUAGAAACUUUACAUUUAAGACUGUACCUAAGUAAUAAUACAGAAAUGCAUUUAUUGGAACACUUUAGUCUAUAUUAUUUAAAGGAUGUAAAACGAUGGCUAGAAAUGACAGACAAUAAAAAAUGGCAAUCAUUUGCUUCAAUAUUUCCAAAAUUAAUAAAUACCUUUGGACAUGAAAAUGUGUUGCUUCCUAUAUGGGAUUAUAUUUUAAAUAAAAUGGUUGAUAUGAAAGACAUACUUUGUGCACUGAGUAUUAUGAUUGAUACAUGUUUCUCAGAAAAUGAUAAAGAUACAAGCUUGAUGCACCAGAAAUUAUGUUAUAUGGACAAGUUAUGGUUAGUAAUACUAGAAAGCUUAAAAUCUUCUAUGCAACAGUAUCGUAAGCAAGGAUUAUUUCUAAUGAAACGAAUGAUAAAUUUCAUAUACACUUUAGAUAAAAGUACCAUAGAACUAAGCGAUGCUACAGUUGUUCCUUUUAUGUGUAAACAAUCAAUCAAAACAGAGAUAUCAAUAAAUGAUAUUAGACAAAAAUAUUUUUUAGUGCUAGAUGCAUUGGAAGAAAAGCAGUAUCACCUAGUUGCACCAGCUUUAACACAUGUACCAAAUUUAGUAAAAGGAAGCAAACAGCACAUAUUGUGCAAUAACUGUUUUAGUAAUAUUUGGUUGAUGCUAAUUUUUGAAAGGGUAUUGAAGCAUGAAAACAAUGCCAUAGUAAAACAAGGAAUAGUUUAUGUUUAUGAAUGCCAUGCAGUUUUACAUGAUUAUAAGUUUUUAAAAUUGUUUAUACAAGUUUUAAAUAAUACAUUUUUAUAUGAAUGUCAAGUGUAUCAAAAAGAACCGGCAAUACUAAAUGACAUCAUAACACUGUUUGUACGUAUGAGAGAAGAAACAGCUGAAUUUAUUACUAAACUUCUUAAAGUAAUAAGUGAACAAACAUGGGCUCCUAUUCCGCUAUUUUAUAUGAUGUUAAUUUUAAGAGUAGUUUCUAGUAAAACUUCCAAUUCCUGGGAAAAAAGUGACUUUGUUGUAGUUAAGUCUUUGAUACAGAAGAAUUUAUAUGCGCAUUCUCGCAUUUUACGAGUUGCAUCACAAAUUGAACUUUUACGGACAAUUUCAUUGUCUGUAGCAAAAAUACAUAAUUUAAAGAUUGUAGCAGAUAUGUUAUUAGAGUUUCCUUAUGAAGAAGCUCUUGUAAGAGGAUCAUUUUCAUGGAAUAUUAUAACGGAAUGUCUAAAGAAGGCAUUAACAGGAACAGAAGCAUUAAAUUUUAUUAAAUAUUUAUGUGAAGAGCAUUUGCUACACAAUGCACAUUUAAAACUGGAUUCUGCAAAGCUUGCUCUUAUAAUUUUUAUGCUACAAGAUGCUGAGUUAAUACUGCGAAAAAAAUCUUGUCCUGCAGAAGAAGUACUAAAAGGCUGGCUAUUAUCACUGAAAAGCUGUGAUAUGAGACCUUAUGCAAAUGUUGCGCAUAUUCUUUAUAUUAUAGACGUAAUGUCACAUUUACUUAAUUUAAGUGUAACAGGAAGCAAAAAGGUCAGACUUUUGUUGGCUGCAUAUAUUGAUAGCGCUUUAAAGUUUCUACUUAAGAAUAGUAAAAGCAUACCAUCCAGUUUCGGCUAUGAAGAAGUAAACAGAUAUAUGACUACAAUUGUUUCGUUUCUUAAAAAUGGAAAUUUAAUUCUAUCAAAAACAGAAAUUUUGAAUUAUGCUGAGAAAUUUAAAUUCGAAAGUAUUACAAUUCUACAGAAUAUAGAACAGUAUUCAAAUAUGCACUUCAUGUUUGCACUACAUGUUUUACAUUAUACUCAAAGCAUUUUGACUACAGAUGCUACAACGUUUUAUAUACAACCUUUACAAAAUACUUGUCGUACUUAUAUACCAGUUAAUGAUGAAGAUCAAAUGGACUUUAAGGGAAAAGUAGCAUCAGAUUGUUACUUACUAUUGGCAAAACUUACAAGUCAAUUUCUAUCAAAAGCAAAAGUUGAAUCAUGGCCAGAAAGUGUUGAUUGGUUUAAAAAUAUUUCAUAUAUCUAUGAAAUGGGAGGAAAUGAAAUUAUUCCAGAAAUAGCACUGACAUUAAAAAUAAUUAUUGAUAAGGGAGGAAUCAAUAACUCCGAAAAUAUAUUGAAUUUGGAAACUAUUUUUACCAUAUGCUGGAAAUCAACGUUAUUAAGUUCAAAGAAUAAACUAUACUUUUUAGCAAUAAAAAACCUUCUUGGAGUUAUUAUAAACAGCAACUUUUUGGUACUUCCGAACGCUACAAACCUUCUGAAUCACUUUCUUGAAGAAUUACUUGAUGAAGGUGAGAAAGUACCAAAAUUAAAGAAAAUUUUAUUAAAUGAAAUGCAAUUAUUAAAUGCAUGCUGCUUAAGGAACUUACAAGAGCCAUUAUUUUUAUGUCUCCUUCAUGGAUAUGCUCUUCGUAGGGACAAACAAAUAGAAAAUCAAGCAUGUUUAUAUAUUGCAAAAAAUUAUGAAGAAUGUUAUCCACAACACAUAUCAGUAAUUGAUGCUAGUAUCAGAGCAGUUUCUUUUCUACUGUUACACAAAAUAAUUACUGCAGAUGUAGAAUUCGCCUCAGCCUUUCUUUCACUUGUUUUACAAAAGUUAGAGGAGUACAAAAAUAAAAGAUAUUUUAAUCAUUCUUAUAUACAUAAAAUAAAGCAUCGACUUAUGCAAACUUUACUAAUAUUGCAACCAAUUUUGAAGGAGGCAGACACAAAUACAUUAGUGGACUUUCUUUGUAGCCUAAUAAUUUUGGAAAGUAACCAACAUAGUGUACGAUUAAUGCAAGAAUGGUUACUGAUCAAAAUAUUUCUAGAGAAUACAAAUCUUGAACCUAAACUUUGGGCCUUUUUCGAAGAGGGUAUUAGAACACGUCCAGGAUGUGUCAAUUCAAUAGUAUCUAUAGUUUAUCAUAUUUCAAAGUCACUUUGUCGUAUUGAUCAACGUGCUUUCAUUCCAAUGGGAAUUCCAUAUAUUGCACGCUGUUGUAUAGGACAGCAAUACAAUGUGCGUCUUUAUAAUCAGGUGAUUUUUAUGCAACUAUACGAAACGUUAGAAAACCUAAACUGUGAUGAUAUUACAAAUGAAUACAGAGGAUUAUACAAAGCUGUAUUGGAAAGUUUUAAAGAAGGUAAUGCAAAAAAAAAUGUAAAUAGAAUUCAGAACGACUUUUAUUUUUGCACUUUUGAUGCUUUGCAAGACUACAGUCUGCAGACAAUUUACUUUGAACUGCCCCGAUUAACUGAUAUGGAUCCAAGUGAGUGGAUUAGUCCAGAUGUGUUUAAAGCGCUAAAUUUUAAAGAAUCUAGUAAUCAUCCUCUUUCAUUGCAUAACGUAAAUUCAUUAUUAUCAGAAAAAACAUCAAACUUAAUGAAAUCUACAGCUGAUUCAGAAUCUUCUGGAAAAGGUUUUGAAGUGAAACUCGAAGAAUUAAGUAAUAUACAGAAAAAAAUUAUCCCGGCAGUAUCUGUAAAAUUAUCACCUAAUGACAUUUUCUCAACAAUCAGGGAAUCUAUUUCCUAUAAAAGAGUAUUAUCAGACGAAGAAGGUAUUAUAGUUGUAGCAUGUCUCAUCGAUCGUAUUCCAAAUUUGGGAGGACUUGCUCGUACUUGUGAGAUUUUUAAUGUGAAAGAACUAGUGCUAGCCAAUUUGAACCAAAUCAAAGACAAAGAAUUUCAGAAUCUCAGUGUAUCAGCUGAACACUGGAUAACUAUAACGGAGAUAAAACCUCAUCAACUAAGUAAAUACCUUUUGGAAAAAAAGGACAUGGGAUGGUCGUUAGUGGGUGUCGAACAAACAGCUAAUAGUAAAAGUUUAUUAAAUAUGAAAUUUAAAAAGAAGUCAAUUCUUGUUUUAGGAAAUGAGAAGGAUGGAAUCCCUGCUAAUUUGAUACCUUUGUUUGAUACUUGUAUAGAAAUACCUCAGGUUGGUGUGAUACGUUCAUUAAAUGUUCAUGUUAGUGGAGCUAUAUGUAUAUGGCAGUAUGCAAUACAACAUAUAUUCUAUUUAUAAACAGACACUUAUAACUGUAAUUAUUUGUCUAUUUUUAUAAAUUGUAUAAUUGUAUCGUGAAAUA